CCGCCAUCUUGCCGGCGCUCCGACCGCCGCCGAGAAGCUGCCCACCCUCCGCUGCUGAGCUGGAACCCCCUCAACAUUAAUAUUCAGCGAAGGACCAGGCCCGCACAGGACGCCAAGAUGAUUAGAAGAAUGGAACCUUGGUGAUAUUUGGAACUCAAAAUCCCAACUCUCAGUUAACGAUGAAUGGCAAAUUUUCCUCACUCCCUUUCCGAGAUGACUUCCUUGCUUGUCUUUGGUUGUAAAUUUGGGGUUCCUUGAUGGCUGCUGUGCAGCCCUGUGCUACAAAGAUAUGCUCGUGGUGUGAGUGCUGUUGGCUACAGCUGUUUGCACCAAGGCUGGGAAGGCAAUCGUCUCACGGCAGUUUGUGGAAAUGACAAGGACCCGAAUUGAAGGUUUGCUGGCAGCAUUCCCCAAACUGAUGAACACUGGGAAGCAGCACACAUUUGUGGAGACAGAAAGUGUGCGGUACGUGUACCAGCCACUGGAAAAACUCUACAUGGUAUUGAUCACAACCAAAAAUAGCAACAUCCUGGAAGAUCUGGAAACACUCCGUCUCUUCUCUCGAGUGAUUCCAGAAUAUUGCAGAGUUCUGGAGGAGAGUGAGAUAUCAGAGCACUGCUUUGAUCUGAUCUUUGCCUUUGAUGAGAUAGUGGCUCUGGGUUACCGUGAGAACGUGAACCUAGCCCAGAUCCGAACCUUCACAGAAAUGGACUCUCAUGAAGAGAAAGUUUUCCGGGCAGUUCGAGAGACACAGGAACGUGAAGCGAAAGCAGAGAUGCGUCGGAAGGCCAAGGAGUUACAGCAGGCUCGCCGGGAUGCCGAGAGGCAAGGCAAGAAAGCUCCUGGCUUUGGUGGGUUUGGCAGUGGAGGAAUCUCUGGCAGCUCAGCAGCAUCCAUGAUAACAGAUGCCAUCAUCGAACCAGAGAAGCCAAAGGUGACACCAGCAGUAAUGAGGGCUGAUGCAGCAGGUCUUGCGUGUGAAGCUGGUUUAUAUAUAAUCAGACCUUCUGGCCCAAGCAAAGCCUUAAAACUUGGGGCAAAGGGAAAGGAUGUGGAGAAUUUCGUAGACAAGCUCAAGUUAGAAGGCGAACAGAUUAGUUCCUCAACAAAGCGUUCGUCAGAAGUGGCUAAAGUGCUGUCGCCUCCUGUUAAUGUAGAAAGUGUACACCUGAAGAUCGAAGAGAAGAUUUCACUGACAUGUGGCCGGGAUGGUGGCUUGCAAAACAUGGAGAUACACGGCAUGAUCAUGCUCCGGGUUAGUGAUGAAAAACAGGGGAGAAUUCGUCUUCAAGUGGAGAACGAUGACAAAAAAGGAGUUCAGCUACAGACUCACCCGAACGUGGAUAAGAAACUUUUCACUACAGACUCUUUGAUUGGCCUAAAGAACCCAGAGAAAUCCUUCCCACUGAAUAAUGAUGUUGGGGUCCUGAAGUGGAGGUUGCAAACCAAUGAGGACGCCUUGAUUCCCCUCGCCAUUAAUUGCUGGCCUUCAGAGAGUGCCACUGGUUGCGAUGUAAAUAUUGAGUAUGAGCUACAGGAGAGCACUCUGGAACUAAACGAUGUGAUCAUCUCCAUUCCUGUUCCGGCUGGUGUUGGCGCCCCACUAAUUGGUGAACUCGAUGGCGAGUAUCGCCACGACAGCAGGAAAAACAUUCUCGAGUGGUGCCUACCAGUCAUCGAUGCCAAAAAUAAAACUGGCAGUCUGGAGUUCAGUAUAGCUGGACAGCCCAAUGAUUUCUUCCCGGUCAACGUGUCCUUUGUGUCCAAAAGGAACUACUGCAAUAUACAGGUGACCGGAAUCAGUCAUGUUGACAGCAACAGCCCCGUGAGGUUCUCUAUGGAAACCAUGUUACUGGUUGAAAAAUAUGAAAUACUGUAAAAAAAAAAAUAAAUCAAUCAAUGCACAGCAGAUAUCCAGAAAUCACGAGAACAGAUGUCGCCAAGCUGCACACAAGAUCGAAGACCCUAAACUUCAAAAAUAAAAUUGCACAGUGUUUGUGUAUGUGAAGAUUCAGAACGCCUAGACAAAAAUGUGGUUUAUUAUCUGUCAUUCGAACCUGCCGACUAUUCUCAGAUCUGAAAGAGGAGUUUGAUAUUAAUAUUGUAAUUAACCAGCAAGUAAACACUUGUCUUUGUUUUGAAAAGUCGGGGAGAGGAAUGGGUGGGUGGGAAGGGGAUGACGUUUGGUAGCACCUACAGUGUCAUGUAUUUCAGCUACAGCACCUGUUAUUCCCUAUCAUAUUGCCUCCUUGGCUGUAAUUAUCGUUUUAGCCCUUUUGUUGAGUUAGUUUCCAACGUAAAGUGACAAUUUUUUUUCUUUUUAUCUUUGAUUUGGAUGAAAGAUGAUUGAAGCAGAAAUUUUGUAACCCUGUAAAGUGUAUAAGAGGGAAUAUGACAACAUUCCAGUGUAAAAAGAUUUAACAAAAGUGUAAUCUUUAAAAAUGAUUAAAAGUAUAUUAUAAAACCAAAAA